AGAGCCUCCUCCAGGUGUGGGGAGGAGAGGGAGCGUCCAGGUAAAGCGGUCUGUACCGUCACACGGAUAAAGGUGUAACACACCGCGCAGCUGUAAGGAGCUUUCGCUUUUUUCUUUUACAGCUUUAAUAAUGAUUUUGACACAAGAAUCCAUCCUGUCUUUGCUGGUAGCGGAGGGUGGAAGAGUGAAGAAAUCCGACCUGGUUGAUAAGUUCAGAGAGUCGGUGGACACCGCGGAUCCCGAAGAAAGAGAACGGAAUAGGGAGCUUUUCAAGACUUUUGUCAACAAUGUAGCGUUUGUGAAAGAAAUCGACGGCGAACGGUAUGUUGUCCUGCGGAAAACCUAUCAGCAUUUGUUGGAAGGUCCAAAGAUCCAUGUGGAAAAGCCUGAAAAUGAAAAGAUCCCGCUGACAGGUGAGCAGCAGCGCCCACCUGCGCAGGCUGGAAGCUCUGAGGAUCAGGGAGGUGUUCAAUCAGCUGUUACUGAACCUGAUCAGGAAGAGGCAAGUGAAAGUAGUGACCAUCCCACAGAACUGCUUUCUCCCAUACAGAUGGCACUGCAAAGGAGUAAAUUUGCAAGUGUACGACUUAAAAGGUCGCUGAAUGUUGAUGUCCAGCUGCAGGAUAGAAAGGGAAUUAACUGCUCAAAUGCGCCUGUAAAGACCAAGCCAUAUGCCUUGCCUCUGAGGAUGCCCCCCAGCGCCACUAAAGUGGAGAUCCACAAACUUAAGCCUGACCCAGAUGAACCCGAAGAACAACUAAAAACAGAUGCUUUCAGGGACAAGAGAAACAAACUUAAGCCUGACCCAGAUGAACCCGAAGAACACCCAAAAACGGAUGCUUUCAGGGACAAGAGAAGGAUGCCUUCGGCGGAGAGCAGCACCGGCUCACCCCAACUAAGGAGGGCAGCGAAGAGCACCAAGGCAUCAGAGGAGCACAAAGACACCAGGAUUCCCUCUAUGUUUCCCCUGGAGCACUCAGAGCAUCAGUGGCUCGUCAAUUGUGCCGCCGGCCACUGGAGCCAGGCUUAUGGCCUGCUGCUCAGAGACAACCAGCUGGCCGAGAAGAAGGACUUCAUGUCAGGGUUCACUGCUCUGCACUGGGCAGCCAAAACUGGGAACAGCGACAUGCUUGUGAAGAUUAUCGAAAAAGCCAGGCAAGGAGGGGUUCACGUUGACAUCAAUGCAAAAACACACGGGGGAUACACUCCUUUGCACAUUGCUGCAUUGCAUGACAAGCAAUAUAUCAUUGGCAUACUGGUGAAGGAGUACGAAGCCAACAUAAGCAUCAGGGACAACUAUGGCAAGAAGGCCUACCACUAUCUCCACAAAGACGUUUCUGAGUCUGUGAGAGAGAUGCUUUGUAAGCCCAAACCCCAGCCGGCAGAGGACAGGGCCCUGCAUGAGAAAGAGGAGCUGGAUUUGUUCCCGGAUCUCUCCAAGGGCCUGCAUUCAAUAAGCCGCCUCUUUCAACCAAACGUGACAGGCCACAAAAAGAAGCACAAGCAGCGGCCGGGCCUGUACUCCCUGAACAACGACCCCAUCGAAGAGGGAGAAGACAGCGGCACCAGCUUCAGGCACAGGCCCAUGUCAGAUGUUUUUAUGUGAAAGCAAAGCUCUUCCCUGACGGAAAACACACCAAUGACCUUAAAAGGAUUUGGUUAAUGCUCUCUUUUUUUAUUUUUAGCCUACUUUCUGCAGUUAUUAUUGGAGAUAAUGAUACAAAAAACAUGUGGAGGGAUUCUAUAGAAACACAAUUUAAGUGGUUAAGAUCAAAGAGAAAAGAUUUAAAAAACCUCGAGGUCAGCAGACGCUGUGUGUGACGUUACCUGCAUGAGGUGAAUGUCAGACAAUGGUGGCUCCUGUGAGUCGUCUUAUUACUCACACAAGUGUGGGCUUUUGUAGGUGUGGCCCCUUUAGUCUGUCUGUUUUCAAUUGAACUGAGCUUUAAAGUUGUACAGAGAAUUUUCUACUGAGUCAUUUCAAUUAAGACCAAAGCAUCAUCACCUGAGAGGAAUCUGUGUGUUCAGCAAACUGGUAAUAAGGACUAAUGUAUAAUAUCACAGCAUUACAGUCACAGAAGUUAGCAUGUGGAACAAUUGUACAGACAAAGUGGAAAAAAAUAGUACAUCACUACAUAACUUCACAGACCAGCUGAAAAACAACAAACUGAAUGAAUAUAGGAAAUGUUCCUCUCGGUGAUUGAGUUGUUUCAUUGUGUUCUUAUGAAGCCUUGUCUUCAUUUUUGUUGUUUAAGGUGAGAAUAACCCUCUUUUUUUGUAAAAAAGGAGUAGGUCUCAAUAAGUGUUUAACUUCUAAAUACACCCGUUGAGGUGUAGUAUGUAUAUAGUAUGUAAAAUUUAAGAUGAUUUCAUAUUGUGUUUAUAUAUCAUACAUGGAGUGUUAGGAUGGUUUCCUUGUUUUUUCUUCUGUUUAUGUUUUUUAUAUGAAUACUAUAGCCAGAAUUAACCCCUGGAGGGUCCUAGAAAAAUGCAUACACUAUCGGACCUAGAGCCACAAAUCGACCCAAGACCCUCCAGGGAAAAUAAAUGUAGUGGUUUAGACCAGUUUUCCAGUUCAUGCCAUUAAAAAAAUUAAGGUGUCUGUUUAUGUAAUCGAGCUUCCAUGUCCGAUAAGUCGUGCCAUGAAUUCUCUUCCACUGUGAUGUCGAACGGGCUGUUUUUCUUUUAACCACAGACUUUAAUCUGGUUGAUCUUUUUUUGUUUUUGUCAAAGUACCCAUUCUUAUUCUUCUUUUGAUUUCAAGCUAAAGCGUACAUACUGACAGGAAGUGAAUGCAGAAUAAAGACA